AUGCCACCUCGCAAAGCCAGGGCUGCUUCCACGCCCAAAAAGACGCCUUCGAAGCCGUCUGCCAAGGCCAAAGGCAAGCGAAAGGCGACCGACGCUCCCUCUCCCUCUCCCGCCAAACGACGGUCCCGCAACACGGCGCCGACAGGCGACUCGGACGGGUCAGACGGCGAGGACGCGUACAGGGACGACGAUGGGCCUGCUACGUUCGUGACUGCUUCUGCAGGGGACGCGUACAUGCUCUACUCGACCCAGACGAGCAGGACGACCGACACGCUCCUCUCGACCUCGAUCGACCCCGCUUUCACCACCGCUACGUACCAGGCUGCGCUGCGCAAGUUCGAUGCGGCGCUGAGUGCUGGAUUUGACGCACUGCGCGAGGCGAGCCAGGUGCGGGUUCAGCGGGCGAAGGAGCGGUUCUCGCGGUGGAUGUGGGAGAUGGACCAAGGCUUCAAUAUCCUCUUGGGCGGAGUGGGGAGCAAACGUACGGUGCUGAAUGCGUUUGCGGAGAAGGCACGGACGCGCGGAAACGUGGUCGUGAUUAACGGCUUCGACACGGCCGCUACUCUCGUCGACCUUGUCACGGCUCUCGAGGACUUGGUCAGGGCUCAGGGUGGGCAGGAUGCGGACGAGGAGGACGAGGAGGAGGUUGCGAGUCCGCGCAAGAGGCGGAGAAUCGCGGCGCCGGCUAAGGCGAAGGGCAAGGGGAAGGCUUCGACGGCCUACUCGACCGCCCGAACCGUUUCUGCUCUCGAGUCCCGCGUCCGCCGUCUUUGCGCGUCGAUACAAGCCGCAGCGAAGGCUCAUCCGGCAUUCAAACCCAUUUUCCUCGUCAUCCACUCGCUCGACGGCCCUUCCCUCCGCCUGCCCAAAAACAUCUCGCUUCUCGCCCUCCUUGCCGCGCAAUCGCACAUCCACCUCGUCGCCUCAGUGGACCACGUCCGCGCAUCACUCAUGUUCCCUACCGCAUUCGUUACCGCACGACCUCCCACGACUCCCUCAGCCGAGACGAGCGCCGAAGCAGCGGACCUCAGCCUCUCCUUCCGCGCCUUCACCUUCCUACACUACGACGUCUCCACCCUCCUUCCCUACGACGUCGAAGUCGCCUCUCUCGGCACGCUCUCGCACCUCCUUCCACCAUCCAUCUAUCCACCCCUCUCCUCCUCACUCGAUCCAACAGCCUCCUCCCUCGCACAAUCCGCAACUCACGUCCUCGCAAGCGUCACAGACCGCGCGAAGCGGCUGUUCAACCUCCUUGGCCAGGAGCAGGUCAAGAUGGCUGAGAGUUUGCCCCGUGAGGUGGAGAGGGCGAUGCGGUUGACUGGCGGCGCAGCGGCUGGAAGGGAGGCGGAGAAGGCGCCUGUUGUCGCUAUGACGCUUGCUUCGCUCAAGGAGAAAGCCACAGACGAGCUCAUCGCAACCCACCGCGACCAAGUCGACGGCUUCCUCUCCGAAUUCAAAGAUCACGGCGUCGUGCGCAGCUCGAAUCAGGCGCCUGAGAUUAUUGAAGGCGUCAAUGACGACGAGGAUGGACAGGCGGAAGAGGGUGGAGAGUGGGUGUGGAUCCCGCUUGCGAAGGAGGCGCUUGAGGAGGUGUUGGAGGAACUGGGUGUUGAGGAGUAG